AUGGCGCCACGAGUCGGAGCAACAGCCAGUGGUGUGGGAGACCCUGCGUUUAGGUUCCUCCUGAGCGUCCUCAAGCACUGCGACCAAGUCAAGACAGACUGGAACGAAGUGGCCAAGGAGAAUGGCAUCGCUUAUGCGAGGAAUGCGAGUGCCCGCUUCAAGUCGAUCAUCGAACAAAAUGGCCUCAAGUUCGAAAACGGCGCAAUCAUCAUCCCAGAGGACGCGGAAGAUGGUGGCGUCGCCGCCGCCGCCAAAGCUUCCCCGACUUUACAAGGAGACAACGAACCCAACACUCCCAAGCGCGCCAAGAAGACGGCCACCCGCAAGCGCAAGGCCGACGCAGUAGACGACGAUGACGCAACGGCUGCUCUAGCUGCGGGCGGCGCGAAAAAGGGCGGCGGCACCAAGAAGAAGACCCAGAAGGCGUCGAUGGUCAAGGUGGAAGAAGACGCUGACGCUGACGCUGACGCUGUUGCCGACGCCGACGGGGACCAGCAGUCGGUGCCGGCAGCGAAGGAUGGCCCAAAGACCAAUGCGGAGAAAAUCCAUGGCGGUAGUGACAAUGUCGAAGACGAAACCCGCGCCGCGAAGAGCGUCAAGACCGAGGACGCACAGGUUUGA